AUGGCGUGGAUUGCCAUAAUGGUCCAAAGUGGAGAGGAAAUGGAACAGCUGCUUCUGCUGAUGCUUCAUCAGCACUCUGACAUAAACAGUGGAGGCGGAUGCUACCGACCGCUGAAUGCUGCUACUUGCAGCAUGAGUAACCACCUUGCUCAACGCAUUAAGCAUCCGUUGCAGCCCUAUCGAUAUCGACUUUGCCCUCCGACUCCACGCAAUACAACGUGUCAUCUGCGUGCACUUCCAGCCAAACCUCCAGGUGCCCUCGCUUUGACAGACGAAUCCGGUGGUGGAAGCGACAUCAUGGUGCCCCUCUUCACUGGCAACAUGGCUGCCCAGUGCACCAGCAGUUUUCAAUCGCACACUGAUUGA